AUUCAAAGGUGGUGAGAGCAAUUUUGACCACGACACAAAGAGAAUAGAAAAGGAAAAAAGAAAAAACCUCGAAACGUCCUUGUGCUUCAUUUGAAAUAUUUCUUCCGAUAUUUGAAAUCCAACGCAUUUCACCUGACAGCAGGCAAAUGCAGAGGAGAAGAGAAAGCUCAAAAGACCUCUUUGAUAGGGGUGAGCCAUUUGAUGCUUUCCGAAGGUUUGGUAGCUUCGGAUCCCAUAAUGGUAUGAUGUCUAGCCUCUUUGGAGGUAAAGAUCCUUUUGAUGACCCCGUCUUCAGUCGUCCGUUCAGUAGCAUAUUUGAACCUAGCAUCUUUGAUCAAAGUACAACUUCUCGUGAAGCACCAAAGGGCAAUGGAGGAAAGGGAAUAGUUAUAGAAGAACUGAACUCUGAUGGUGAAGAAGACAAAGAAAAAGAUGAAGGCAACACUGAGCAUGAUGGUUCAGGCAAGGAGCCAUUCGUUGAGCACCUAGAUGAUAGUGAUAAUGAUGGGAAGAUUCUGAAUUUGAAUAUUAGGAAUGAGUAUGACAAGGUGAAAGGCUCAAAGGCACAAGCUCCUAAUUUUAGUUUUCAGACCUCCAGAGUUACAUAUGGAGGUGUAGAUGGAACUUAUUACACUUCUACAAGAAGCAGGAAGACAGGCAGUGAUGGAGUGGUGAUUGAGGAGAGAAAAGAAGCAGAUACAACAACUGGUCAAGCAACACAUAGGAUUUCUAGAGGAAUUCAUGAUAAGGGCCAUUCUGUUACAAGGAAGCUGAGCUCAGAUGGUAAGGUGGACACAACACAAACAUUACACAACUUGAAUGAAGACGAGCUUGCAGAGUUUGAAAAGGCCUGGGAAGGUAAUAGUCAGGGUCAUUUGACUGGUUGGAGCGAUGGAUUUAGUGCACCUGCGAAAGCUGGAUCUGGAACUAGUGAGCAAAUGGGAGUGGCAGUGAAGGACAGUUGGAGACUUCCAUAUAGAGAGCAGGCCCGAAACAUGGGAAAUCAAGGAGCAAACACUGAAGCAAGAACCACUUCUGGGGGUAGAACCAAGAAGGUUGUUAGGAUUAAUAUAGAAUGAACCAGGUAUGAGCAUAUACUGGUUAUGCCGCUUUGGUCACUGCACUCUAGUGCUCAUAGGGUUCUAACAAUAAUUCCGAAGCAUGGAUCUUUUCUCAAUUUAGUUGAAAGCAUUCAUUAUCCUGCUACAUGUGUAUUUGUUUGGGAUUCUGGUAAUAGUUGAGUAAAUGAACACUAGAAACUCUUCAUUUUAAAGUUGUUUUGCAUUAAAACUAGCGAUACAAGUGAAAUGGAAAGAAAAGAAAGGGCAGAAUUUCAUUAUGGUC